GUCUGUGUGUGCUCGCAGCGCAGCCUGUCCGUUUGAAUGUGCUCGGGACUGGAGAGGGUAUCAUUUCCAUGGACCAUCUGUCUCACUGGCUACACACACAACAAAGAAGGACCCAGGAUGGUGUUAGUACAUGUUGGAUAUCUGGUUCUCCCUGUCUUCGGCUCAGUUAGAAAUAGAGUAUCGAGGCUGGCUCUACAUUCCGCAUUUCUCAGACCUUUGUCCCCCUCCAUUGUGUAGCUAACGAUCAUCUGCUGCUGUCUGCCGUAGCCUCUGCCUGUUCUCUGCAUCUAGCUGUAUUGUGAACCCCUUCUUCCUCAUUUCCUCUUUCCAUCUGAAGACGACAUUGGCAUUAAAACCGAGUUCCCACUCAUACCGUAUCCUUCUGUGUAACAGACUAAAGAAUAACACCUUCUGUAGAAAACAGUUUGUCUUUAUUUAAACUGUCAUGUUGCUCUUCAGUGAAUAACCCAUUGUAGCAUUAGAUUUUACUACAAACUGUCAUUGUGAUUCUCCCAUUCAGUGUGGAUAGACUACAUUCUGCUGUAAAUUUCUGUAAAGUGGAUACAUUUUGAUCCUCCCCGAUUCGAUUACAGCCAGGCUUGAUCGAACUCUUUCAAUUUUGUCUCCAUCCCCUAUUUGCAAAGGUGCAUUGUACCAGCUUUUGUAAUCAUUAAAGCCUUUGUAUGAUCACCUUUUUCUAAAUAAUCACCACCAAUAAUCCUUUUAUCCUAACGUGCACCAAUUGGCCGAUACCUGUAGUGCUAAAGUCAUUUGUGUGAUGCUAUUUUCACUUUUGAUGGUCCACUGCACCUGUUCUAGUGGCGUCCAAAGGGCUGGUCAUAAUCCUAUCCAUGUGUGAAAGCCUUUGUUCCUGCUAGCUGAAUUGAUUUUGUCAGUCACAAUAAAUUGGCGAGACUCUCAGGUCUAACUCAUCUUGCCAUUUGAAAAUCCCCCACUAUCAUGCACAGCCCCCCCCAAUCAAGUCUUUUCUUCAGACACCUCCAGAAUGCUAUCCAUUUUACAGGGAUGUGUAUAUCCUGCACUGCUGUAGAACUCCUUUUAGAAUGAAAAUGUCUUUUAUUCUUUGGUUGUGGUUUUCUACCUUAUGUUCUUGUAUUAGAUCCUAAUGCAUGGUCAUUUUAUACUUUUGUUUUUCCACAUUGAACAGCAGAUUCCAAUGUAAACUUUGUGUAGAGAUGUCCCUGCUAUACUGAAAUGUGCUGUAAGCAUACACAUCUACUCAUUGGAUGCUGCUUCUGUUCUGUUAACCCUACAGAGAGCAUGGUCGGGCCUUGCCUUUGGUCUUUAUUUGCAUGGUAUUAUUAUGGUUAUGUAGGAUAUAUUACUCUUAUUAUUACUAUUAUCACACAGUGCCACACAUAACUAAUAUUUUCCAAUAAAGACUGUAGUUUUCUUUCUAACCUUCAGUGUGCUUUUUGCUGAUUUCCAUGUGGUCCUCCCCUCCUCCCUCCACACUGUGCUGUCACUGAGACGGUCCCCUCACUCUUAAUGUGCUCUCAUUUCUCAGCUGUCUUUGACAGAGUUUCUUCAAGUUGCUGCUCUGCUUACUUUGGAGUAGGGGCAACCAAAUUUUCUAUCCAUAUGAAAAAAAAAGAAGCAUGUUUAUACUGAAACACACCGGCAUUGAUUUUUAAUGUUACAUGCUGUCAUUCACUCCUUAUCCAACAAAACACAGCCUCCCUCACAUUCACUCAUUGGUGUUCAUUGGUGAUGAGUUAACAUUGAAACAACUUUGGGCGAAAUGGAUACAAUUCUCUGUCUAGGUAUACAUUAUUUUGUAUUUUGAUGAAAAUAUAUAUGGUGACACUCAAUUUUCUUUUAAAAAUCAACAACUACAAUGUACGUCUUUGGCUAAUCCAGCAAAAAUCAUAUAAAAAUCCAUAAAGAACUUGAUUUGCAGCAUUGCCUAAAAUGGCCUGAUACACCCAAAGAUAUGAAACUGUACACAAGGGUAUAAACACUAUUGUAAAUGGAUGGUCUCAUGGUAGAUAUCAUGAUAUCAUCCAACUCUGCCUCGAGCUAUUGACUGCUUGGUAUUUUAACACAAAGACCUUUGAUAUCUCUCCUCAUCCCUUAAGUACUGGAUUACAUACUUCAGUAGAUUGCUUAGUUGUUUUAUUAAAGGAAAAAUUCAACAUUUUGGGAAAUACUCUUAUUCUCUCACAAGCAGAGAAUUAGUUGAGUAGAUCGACACCUCUCAUGUCUUAGGGUAGCAGGAUAGCUUAGCUUAGCACAAAGAUAGGAAACAGGAAGAAACAGCAAGACCAGCUCUGUCAAACGGUAACUAAAUCCACCUACCAGCACCUCUAAAGCUCACUAAUUUACUAAUUUACAGUAUUUUGUUUGUUUAUUGCAAUAACUGUCUAUAAAGAUGGACAACACAUCUCCACUUUCUCCCACUGUACAAUAAUGAAGUCAAAAUAUUCCAGAUAUGGGCACUGCCAUCUUGGAGCUCGAGUCUUGCGCAGUUGCGAUCUCUGGGGUGUCGAGUUCUCGUCGUCCAACCAAUCGCAAGCACACAGAUUCGGUCAGCCAUUCGGUCAGUCGUGACUUCACAUCCUCUUUUUAUAGACCAAACUUACCAGAAAAGUGAACAGUUGAAAAUACAUUAGUGUGAUAAGAACUACCUAAAAAGACAGAGACCAUCUUUUGGGAAAACUUAAUUUGAUGCGUGCUGUCAUUUUUAGUUUGGCCCAUGUCCCAUCCGCUAACAGGGCAGGUUUUAUGACCUACAGCCAGCCACCAGUCAAGAUGUUUUGACUUCACUUUUGGGCAGACCCCCAAGAUGCGCACUGGGCUUUAAAGGCAAUUCAUAGCAACCAAACAGUGGCAUUACAUUGUCUGGGAUGCACUUGGGCCCAAAAAGACUGUCUCCCAUAGACUUAAUUGUGAAAGAGACAUCUGUAAAUCAGCGGGUAGCCUACUUUUUUUUUUUUGAAUGCCACAACCCCUGCGAAAUGACUCUUCCUCUAUCGGAGUUUGAUCCAUUUGGUUCAAUAACACCUUGAAAGUCUAGAAGAGCCGCAUGGUUAAAUACUUUGAUCCCCAUUCAAGUUAACAGAGGGCUUAACAUGAUGUUAGCAGCUUGGCUUGUGAAAGUCUGUUGUGCACUUGCUCUGUGGGCCCAAUGAUGCAGAAGAUCUGGAUAAUUUCACAUCUGGGAAGUCGAACUUUUUGGCUUCAUGCGCCACUGAGCAACUUUCAUACAAAUGAACAGAGCCCAGCCAUCAACACUGUAUCAGUUGUCUUUAUCCACCAUAUUUUGGGGAGCUGUCAUGUCGCCCAUCUUCAUUUUACAGUCUAUGGUUUAGUUCUUUAAAAAAAGUAAAUUAUCAGUUGUACAGAGGGGUUAUGUGACAAACUAUUUAUUGGCUGUGAAAUAGUCCUCAAGAAAUAGUCUGGCACAUAACCCACCAUCAUUUUCCUAUUAAUUUAACAAGGAGAAAUAACCUGACAGAUAUAAGAGUGGUAUCCAUCUUCUCAUCUAAAUCUCUCUCAUUAACCGUCUCCAAAUAUGAAGCAUAAUUAGAAAACAAUUUGGCUCAAUCACCAAAUGGCAACUAUGUCAUCUUUAAAGUGUUUUAUCUUUGUAUGUAAUGUUGUGAAAAUACUGGCCUCUUUAAUAAAGUCCUCUUCUCAUUAUUAGUAGAACAGACCUUGACACAGUUAUACACAUAAAAUCACAGAAAGAACACGUCGCCACUCACGGUUUUAAAAAUAAAUUUCUACAGUUAUACAGUCGUGCCUUUGUUGCUCGUGAUAACAGCACAAAUGAAGACAAGGCUUCUGAAUAUUUAUUGCAGGAAGUCAGUAAUAUUGUUGAAUUGAAGGCCUUUUGUAAAUGAAUAAUAGCAAGACACUUUUAUAACAAAAGUUCUGGAUGUUUCUAUUGGAUCUAGAAAAUAAUUAGCUUUUUAAAUCCUUAUUUUUCCUGUGUUUAAAUGUGGUCUUGGUUUAAGAGUUGCUCUCACUCUUUAACUUUAAAAGUGGGUAAACUGGUCACAACACAGCGCAGGCAACGAUGUCAUUAAUUGCGAGUAUUACAUUGCACAUUUGAAAUAUAAACUCAGUCAUUUAAAUAGUUUCAGAGUCUGGGACUUCUUUCUGUCAUGUUCCAACCACUUGAGCCUUACAUCUGUUCACAGUGUCUGAAAUAGUCAGAGUUAUUUAUGUGCUGACACAAGGUGUGUCUGAGACCCAGCCAUAUGCGCAUGGCAACUUUCUCCAGCGACUCCAGCAACAGACCUUUAAAUAACUCAACAGCUUUAAUGCACAAGUUCUUUGACAGUAGCUGCACUGGUAAAGACCACAUUAAUAUCAGAUGCUUUGUCUUCCACCCCGUGCCCAACCUGUCCUUGUUUGACUCGUGUGUAGCAUCAAGGUCAGUAUGUUGUGUGCAAGCAUGUGUCAUGUGGAACCGGUUGUAUGCAGACUUUCACUCCAGCUGUGAAACAAACAAUCUGAUUUCACUCAUUAGUCCCUCAUUCUGAGUGUGAGCGUGCCAAUCACUGAUAUCAGCAGGUGUGGUGAUGAUGGGCUUCAAUGAAAAACUGCAUACACAAGACUCUCAGCGUCACAUGACAGAAGACCACCACACCAGCAUUGAGACAGGAUUAUGUUAGAGGGGAGGUGUGAUUGUAAAGCUGCAGUGAUGGAAGCAGGAGGGGUUGGAGAGAGGGAGAGAGAGACAGGUUCGAUGUCAGACUGCUGCAGUCGCGGCUGGGCAGGGCUUACGGGCUGUCACUCACGCAGGGACACCAUGCCGCAGCCACACCGUGGGGGAGGGGCUGCCUGUGCAGCAGCUCAGGGGUGAAAAGAGGUGGAUGGGAGUGUAUGAGCGUGUGUGCUUUAUGCGUGUGUGGAUGGGUGGGGGUCUGUUCUGCACCAAUCAGGCAUUUUAUGUCUGCGAGUCAAAGUCGAAGCAGAGACGUAACAAUAACAACAUCAGGGCUGUUACUGCAAUACGUCAAAUAUUAAUGUCAGGGAUUCAUGCUGGGAAAGACAAUUUUAUAUUUACUCUGAGCUUCACAUCGAGUCCAGUCAUGCCGGGUCACAGGCUUCAUACAAAAGUGAUGCACAGCCUUUAACCAAUCCAAACCAGCGGUCUGCCAUUUCUGCUCUACUUCCUCAGCCAAAUGUUGUUUUCAGAUUGCUCAUGGCUCUCAAGGUUCACUGGCUUCCCAUGUCCCGAGGCCAUACACAACGAAGCGAAACAGCAGCCAUGCAUGUAUGUCAUUUUAGCAAUAAUUGAGGAAUAGUUUGACAUUUUGGGAAAUUUGGCUUCUAGUGGAGAGUGUGAUGAGACAAUUAAUACUACUCUCACAUUUCACAGUGAAGCUUAGCACAAUGACUAGAAACAGCCAGCAUGGUUCUCCAUCACAAAGUUACAGCUUUGCUUUUCUUUUUUAAUUACAUACAAAAAAACUACCCAGACUACUUCCUGGCUUGGACCAGUAACUUCUUGGAGUCCCUGCUGGUAACUGCUCAAAGCCAAGAAAUUGUCUGCCACAGAAUGUCUGUGAAAUGACAGAUUAUUGUUUUGACACUUUGGUUUUACAUGUUAAACAAACAAAUAAAACACGUUAAAUAAUAAGCUUUAAAUGUGCUGGUCGGCAUACUCUAUAAUCAAGGGGUGUUUCCAAUCUUUAUGCUAAGUUAAGCUAACCAGCUGCUGUCUACACCCGGCAGCCAGUUAGCUUAGCUGGUAAAAUAGAUUAGAGAGUGGUAUUGCUGUCCUUCUCUCUUGCGUUAGCUCUGGACAUUUCGGGUGACAUGUUAAUUUACCCUUGUUAAAUCCGUCGUCUCUUUUCAAAAUAAACUUCAGUUUUCACAGGAAACAUACUGUUUUCUGCUCGUUGAAUGCAUACCAUCUCUUUUCAACAUUAACCUAGAACGUAGGUACAAAAGUUCAGUUUUAAAUUUUACUUCCUUAAGUUAAGCAACAAAAGCAUGUGGUUAAAUUCAGAAUAAAACAUCGUAGUUUGACUUAUAAAUAUGUGGGUUUGUUUCAAACAUAAUUUAGUAUAACAUGACAUACAUCAUAUAUACGUCAAAUAGCAUAGUAUAGCAUAUUAUGGUACAUAUAUGUGUAUAAAUAUAUAUAUAUAUGUGCGAACACACUAUGUUAGAAUAACUUGAUUUUCGGUUUCACACAAUGAACAAACAGUGGUCUCCUGAGUGAAAGUCCGGAGUUUGUUUGACCCAUUCACCUCACCUCCUACUAGCCCUAUGCAAACCUUCUUGCUCUUUAUAUAACUGUUGAUGCCCAGUGUCAAAAAAUGCUGCUGCCCAGUGCGUGUCUUUCUGCCCCUGAAGGGUGUCUCAGUGCAUCAGUGUCUGACACCAAGAGCCACUGACCAAGCGUUGGUAUUGGAGAAGUUGGGAAUGAGACUACGUUGAAAUCUCAACUCAGUGCAGACUAUUUUAAACAAUGCGCUAUUUGGAUGGAGACGGACAGUAUUUUGUGUAUCGCUCCAGAAAAAGGGGAGAAGUUAGCAUCUCCAGCUGGAGCUGAUACAUACCCAUGACUAUUACAGAGUCAUUUAUCCCAGAGGGCUGCUGUUUUCAGUCUUUCCAGUUAAAUACAAAAAACAGAUGUUAGCAGGUGUUAAUGGGUUAUUUGUGCAGUGGGAAAUGAGCUUCAGAGAGAGAAAGCAAACAAGCACAUUCCCAAAAUGUUGUACUAUUCCUUUAGAUUAAUAAAUAUAUUAAAACGUCAUCCAUUGAAAGUAUAUUGUGGGAUUUUGUGUUCACAUAAAAUGUUGCAGACUUGAAAAUUUGUAAAUUAGAUCUCAGCUCAGUGAACCAUAUAGUGUUAAUUAGAUUUGUCAGCAAUUGCUAAAUAUAUCACAAACCAUUAACUACCAUCCAAAUCAUCUCCUCUUCCUAUUAGACAUACUUUGUCACUCCAUAUCACUGUUUAUCAGGUUUUAAUCUGCCUGACUCAGCUUGAAACCACUGACAGAGCAGUAGAUGAGACAAUUAUGUCUUCCAACCAUGCAAAUGCGCAAUACUCCGUUACUUAAUUAUACACAGUGCACAGUCCAUUCUCCGGACCCCGCUGUCUGCUUCCUGUUCCAGAAGGCUAGAAAGCCGUAAUGGGCAGCUGAAGAAGUAAUUGUUUGUUCCCACCUCACCCUCCUCCCGGCCCUCCUCUCUCCGAGCUCAGAGUAAUUUGUAUUGAUUGUUUUGUGUAACCUGAUACCGAGGUGAUUCAGUGGGACUACCACACAAUCUCAUGCCUCCUCCAUCUCUGAUAGGAUGGGUGGGGGAAGGUAGAAAUGGAGGCAGAUAAUCUUUUGAGCCCACCUCAGUUGCUGUGCAGGGUUUUAAUGAGAAAUCUACAGUUGAGUAUUUGUUCCAUGGAAUGGCAGACAUAAUACAGAGCCUGAAUCUUUUAAAUUGACUAGCAGCGGACCGCAGACAUCCCUCAGUGCUGUAGAUCUUCUUGGAAACACACCAGGCUGUUAGUGAAGAUCCAUCCUUCCUGCUGGCUGCACUGUGGCAAGUGGAGAGGCAGGCCAUCGGGUGCAAUCUGUGUGUGGGUUUAGAUGGUGCUCCACAGGGGGUCUCAAUGUCUGUGUCCUCCAUCUGCUGUUUUGUCUGUCUUGUCUUGUCUCUUCCUGUGUCAAGUCUCUCCUAUUUUCUAAUUGUCUCUGUGUGAUUGGUUGUUAAAUGUGUUUGUGUGUGUGAGAAAGCCAAAAAGUGCUUGUUUCUGCAAUUAUGUGCGUCAGUAUGUACUCUCCAUUGGUUUGUCUGGGUCUCUCUGUGGUGCCUGUUUGGAUGAUGAGGCUUAGCCCUGAUCACUUGCAUUUCCUCUCCAUAGGAGCACACUUCACCAGGCAUCAACACAGCCAUGCUACCUCCUGCCGACACUUUCACCUGGGCGCACCCCAAGCGCCCAUCUCAGCAGAGUUCCCUCUAGGACAUGCCAGCCAGCCGCCUCAGACCGGCUUGGCCACCCACCUGCCCCCGGCACACCACCCGCCCCUCACUGCCCUGCCUGCACCCCCUCAGUUCCAGGAUGUGCCGGGUCCUCCAUUCCUACCUCAGGCCUUACACCAGCAAUACCUCAUCCAGCAGCAGCUUCUUGAAGCGCAGCACCGCAGGAUUCUCCCGCACUCCAGAAGAACCCAGGACCGUAUACCCCUGAACCCUCACCGACUGCGCUCAGGCUAUGAGUACUCCCCUCCCCUCCAUGUUCCUCAGCCAAUGACACAGCAGCAGCGGUACCUGGCCGAAGGCACCGACUGGGAUCUCAGCGUUGAUGCUGGCCUCCCUCACCACCAGUACCAGCUCCAGCAGCUUCCGCAGCACUAUCAGCAUUACCUGGCCUCCCCUCGAAUGCACCACUUCCCCAGGAACACAUCCUCUGCACAAGUGGUUGUGCAUGAAAUCAGAAACUACCCGUACCCACAGCUGCACCUGUUGGCACUGCAAAGUCUGAAUCCUUCAAGGCAUGCCACCGCUGUGCGAGAAAGUUAUGAGGAGCUGUUGCAACUGGAGGACCGGCUGGGGAGUGUCAGCAGAGGAGCUGUUCAGACAACCAUAGAGAGAUUCACCUUUCCACAUAAAUACAAGAAGAGAAAGCCCCUGCAGCUGAAGAUUGGGGAGGAGGAGGAAACAGAUGUGGAUGAGAAAUGUACCAUCUGUUUGUCAAUGCUGGAAGACGGAGAGGACGUCAGGAGAUUGCCCUGCAUGCACCUCUUCCACCAGGGCUGCGUGGACCAGUGGCUGGCCACCAGCAGGAAGUGUCCGAUCUGUCGGGUUGACAUCGAAACACAGCUGAACCCUGACAGUUGAUGAGAUUUCAGCACCCCUCUCCCCUCCUUGUCAAUCACCCUUGUGUGGUUCCUGCUUUCUUCCACCCCGGCUUGCCGGCCCUCCUCCUCCUCCUCCCCCCUGUUGGGUGCUUUGCCAAAUGUCUCCAGACUUCAUGUGACAUCACCACCCUUCUGACUCACGCUUUACUGAGCCAAGCCAGGAUAACUAACUGCACGAGAGGCCGCAGAGGACUCUCUUUAUAUAGAAGCACAUCCCUCUGGAGGCAAAAGACACGCAGACACACACACAUACUCAUGUACACAGGGUUUACUUGUAGCUUGCUGGUCGUAAGUGGGGUGUUGUUGCUGUUGUGGUGUUGUACUGUAGGUAGCCCCGGGCUGUGUAGCAUGUCCUCAAAGCCAUGACUUAAUGUCCUGACAGUGGAAAACACAUAACCCCACACUGAGCUGGCUACUUUCUCUCUCUUCUUCUCUCUCUUUCUCUCUUUCUAUAUAUAUAAAUAUAUAUAUUUCUCUCUUUACAAACACACUUCAAUCAAAGUGAAUAUUCUGCCACACAAGAAAGCUUAACAAAUGCUCUGAUGCCAUGUUUACCUAAAGAUCAUUUGUGGUCGUAGUAGAGUAGCAGUAACCAACAAGUGAUAUCUGGUGCGCUGUUGCUUCCUUGGGCGCACAAGCACCAGCUAGCUGAGUGUUUUAAUUCUAUCAUGCAGCUUUGACAUUUUGCAAUACAGUUGUACAUUUACCUUGGGUUGGUGUCAUGUGAGAUGGUGUUGUGUGAGUAGGUCUCUUUCACUGCCGUGGGAAAACCGAGCCCAGUGACUGAGUUGUUGUGUGUUUUAAAAUCUAUAAAAAAAAAAUAGGUAGAAAGUGUUUUUUACCAAAAUGCAUUUUUGUCACGGUGUAGCUUGAACCUGAUGCGCAGGUUCACAUGUGUGUGUGUGCUCUGCCCUGCUGUGUGUGACUUCAAGAAUGUGUCUAACAAAUGUGUGGAUGUUCAAAGAGUGCAAAUGUGAGUGUGUUUCAAGGGUUCGAGGCAACAACUAGUCGUUAAAUCGCUGUAGGUUAACAGCAUGGCCACUGGAGCGCUUAUACAACAUGAAGCCAAAAAAAAAUAGGGAUGAUAAAAGGAAACUAUCAUGCACUGCAGAGUGAGGUGGGAGGAAGACUUAGCUGCCCUCGUACCUGUAUCUUCAUCUGGCGCAGGGCCAGUGGCAGAACAGUGUGUACUAAACUUGCAUGUUUCAUCGUCAACUUGGGCUGUUAGCUCCGGUAGCGUUUCUUCAAUAUUAAAAGGUACAGAGAUGGCUUUGCAUGACUUAGUUAAUCUGAGCUGUGACUAUCUUCUCAACACAACAAACAAACAAAAAAAAGUGUCAGUGGCUGCUCCCCUGACUUGUAGCGUGUGUUCAUCCUGUCCCCUUUGGUGGCAACGAUGGGAUCCUCUUCUUGAUGUUUACCUUAUUGCCUAAAGAACAAGCACAUGUGAUGAUAGUUAUAGCAACAAAAGGUUUUUUCCUUGGUAUUGCAUUUGCGUUGGUUUAUAUAUAGGUAUAGAUUCAUGCAGUGUUUCAGCAGAGAAAGGAGCUUGCGUAUUGAUCUUGUGUAUUCGUGUGACAGACCUCCCCUCGUGGUUGCUAUGCUGGUUGCUAUGCUGUAUUGCUAGAACAUGUAGAACGUGGUGAGACGGAGGCAGCCUCCCUCUCGCAGUGCACACAGACAUGAGACGACACAACAGCAGGAAAACAUUCAGGCUGUUAACACUUGCUCUGACUGGUUUUCACUUCUUUAUUUUCUUUUUUACCCUUUGUGUCAUUUCUGUUCAACAGGAUGCCUUUAGGACCCUCUCUGUCCUACGCACUGUGAUAGAAAAGGAUAAGUCCAGAGACUCUUUAAGCCUCGUGGGUUGAGGAUCAAUUAACUCGGAUUACUUUCUCCCUGUCUUGUGCACUGCCAGUGUCGACACUGCCUCCUCCUGUAGUGGAGUCAUCCGUGAUGAAGUUUUCAUAGUUUACACAGGGUGUUGUCAGUUGAGAUGCCUUAAGUAUUUAACAAUCAUAAUUUAUUACUAACUGUAGAUAUUGUUGGUAUGUAUUUAAUUUUAUAUAGUUUUUUUUGGGAGGGG